GGCAAGCUAUCGCUGUCUCCGAGCAGAAAUAUUUGUUUGGGAUCUGCAAAAGGGGAUUUUGGCUGGCAUUCUUAGGAUGUUUGCAUGUGUCAAUGUGAGAGGAGAAGUCAUCACCCACACGAGACGCUCCAGGAAACCAGCCGAGGUAAAAUAUGAGUGCUUGGAACAUAAAGAAUACAAGAGGAACAAAACACACACACACACACUUUAAAAUCAUUACUGUGAAGCUGAUGCUCACAUGCUUUGGGGGAGCUUGGUGAGGCAAGAGGAGUGCUGAGGAAUCUAAUCCAUCCAAGGCUAAUCUAUGAGGAGUUCCUUCGCUUGCGUACCAUUUCUCUCCCUCUCUCCUUCUCCCCACCCCUCCUUCAGUGACUUAAAUUUUCUCUUGGCUUUCUGAGAUCCUCAGUCAGCUUGAAUGCCACAGGACAGUGAGUCCCAGAAACUCCAGCAUUCCCUGGCAGAGCAUUUUUGGCAAAGACGGCGGAGGGAGAACGUGAAACUGGACACAUUCACCACCACAACACUAGAGCCAUGAAAUUCUACCUCUUCCUCUUCCUGGCAGCGUUAAAUGGUGGCAUCUCAACCUUCCGGCCUAUAGAAGUGUCGCCCUGUGAAAUGAGAGGUAUGGAGGCAUUUUGUCACGGCAAAGAUCUUCACCAGAUACCACCAGAGCUUCACCCGAACGUACAUAAAAUCGACCUCUCCAAAAAUAAGCUCCAGAACAUCACCGAGAGGCCGCUGAUGUUUUAUACCUCCCUCCGACAUUUGGACUUAAGCUCCAACCAUAUCGGUUUCAUCAAGUCUGAAAUCUUCAAAGAUAUGAGGAGUUUGGAGGAGAUCAACUUGGCCAACAAUCAGCUCUAUCAGUUGGCUCAGCACAACCUGUGGCUUGGAUCGCUCGCCCGAGUCAGAACACUAGACUUGUCCCGCAACAGGCUCUACAAUGGGAUGGCUGAACAUUUCAUCCACAAUGCUUCCUCACUUCAGUAUCUUUCACUGGCAGAGAAUAGCAUUAUUGAAAUUUCACAGAGGACAUUCCAGGGUUCUCCGGGUCUGAUUGAAGUAAACCUGCAUAGCAAUAUGAUCAUGGAGAUAGAGGAAGGAGCCUUUGAGACUUUGCCACAUCUCUCCAAGCUCAACCUUUCCAUGAACUCACUCACCUGUAUUGCUGGUUUCAACCUAAAGCAGCUGCGACUUCUAGACCUCAGCCGGAACAGCAUCGAGAGUUUCCAUUCCACCGAAUCUGAGGAAGAGUUCGGCCUGGUCUGGGUAGAUUUGAGUGAGAACAAACUUCUCCGGUUCCCAGUUCUCCCACAAGCAAGCAAACUGGCAUACCUGAAUUUAUCUAAGAAUAUAAUGCAGUUUGUUAUGUUGGAAUCUCCUAGUGAUGGUGAUAUGGAGUACAGCUGGAAAGACACACCAAUUGGCCUUCACUAUGAGGAUCAAAAGAGCAAUGGAAGCUCUCCAUACUUGCCCGGGCUGUUAUAUUUGGACCUGAGUUAUAAUGAGAUCAAAUCCGUCCCAAGCGAGUUCUUUAUUUCCAUGUCUGCCCUUCAGGUUCUCAACCUCAGCAAAAAUUGCCUUCAGACAUUUGUGGCUAGCACUGAGCUGGUCUCACUGGCCAUCCUUGACAUCAGUUUUAACUCUUUACAGAAUCUGGAAUGGGGUGCUGACACUCUGGGCAACUUGCAGGAGCUUUAUCUUCAGGGCAACCAUCUCCAAGCUCUACGGCCAGAUAUCUUUGCAAGCCUGCCUCAUGUCUGGCUGCUGAACCUGCAAAGCAACAACCUCAGUCUUUGUGGCCUAUUUUCAGGGCUAGCCAGAAAAAGGCUUGCAGGUGAGGACAAGGGCUGUGUCUCCUUUGUGGACCUUCCUGAACUUCAAUAUUUGUACCUGUCAGACAACAAGCUGAAGAGAAUCCCCAUGUAUGGUUUCUACAGAACUCAGCUUGUGGCCUUGGACCUCGCUCUUAAUCGGGGACUGCACAUAGAGGCCAAAUCUUUGUCAGGCUUGGAGAUGUCUCUAAAAUAUUUGGAUUUACAUGGUAACGGCAUGACAGCUUUGAGCAUAAACUUCCCUCUUUUCCCGUGUCUCAAAUACCUCAACUUGUCAGACAACCAGCUUAGCUGGCUGCCUGCGUGGUCUGAGGACUGCUGUGCUUUGGAAGUUCUGGAUUUACAAAACAAUCGCUUCAGCGACCUCAAGAGCAGUCAGAUUCCCGCUUUGGAGAAAAACUUACGGAACUUGCACCUGGCUGGCAACCCGCUCACUUGCUGUGGGAACCUGUGGCUCUCUCAUAUGAUCCACAGGGCCACCGUGGAGAUCCCCAACGUGGACCGCAUCAAAUGCCAGUAUGCCAAGAGUUUUGGCUAUGAAGAAGAAUUGGGUGUUAGAGACAUCAGGCCAGAGGACUGCGAGAAGGAGGACCUCAAGACGAUUAGCAUGUUGAUCUUGCUAGCGGCUGUACUGGCUCUGUCAUUGAUUGCCGUCGGAGUGGGAGUGUUUUGCUGCUAUCGCAGACACAUCUUUGGCCGACACUUUAAGGUGUAGACCGUGGGCACAUUCACAGGUACACUUAAAUCACUCCAUCACUCACCACUGGAUGAUUCACAGCCAAAGGUGUGAAUGGACCCCACGAAAGGGUGUGGGAGGUGAUAGGAUGAAAGUUCAAUGUGUGGAAUUAUUCUCUGUGAUGACUCAUUCAGACAUGCAAGGCAUCACUUGGUGGACGCAUUGAUGAGAAACACCUCCCUCAACUUCUUUCAGGGUUCCUUAGCCAAGGAAGAGAAAUCCAGUCAAUAUCUAGCCAUGGUUCCCACACUUUUGAGACCUGGGGCACCAUUGUUUUUUUUUUCUGGAUUAAAAUGGGAGGUGCAUCAUCCACUCUUACACUAAACAAAAGACACGCACAUUUCCCCCCAUCUGUCAGAGGGAUGAGAACCUCAUGCCCAGGGGGCAAAUAUCUUUCUAUCUGGUCCUCAGAAUUCUCAGGCCUUGAACUCUGAGAAUGCCUCUUGCCGCCCUGGAUGGAGAGAGAUGUGUGAUGUGUCAGCAGAGACGAGCAGACUGUACAAAGGCAAGAUUCACCUUCAGUGUUGCUCUUGCUUUUGCCUCUGACCUCACACUGGCAUUUCGACCCUGCAAGGUUGCACAAAAGAGAAUGCGGCCCUCAGGUUGGAAAAAGUCCCCCCCCCCAUUCUAUCAGAUUCCAGGACACUUGGCAAGCACCCUUCUUACUUCUUCAUGGAGCGCAUAGUGGCAGUGAGGGCCACCGACUUGGAUGGCUUUAAAAGGAUAGACAAAUUCAUGGAGGAUGAGGCUGUAAAUGACUACUAGCCAUUGUGGCUGUGCUCUGCCAUUAUAGUCAGAUGCAACAUGCUUCUGAAAACUAGUUGCUGGUAGCCACAGGGGGGCAGAGUGCUCUUGCACUCAGGUCCUGCUUGUGGGCUUCCUGUUGGGGUAUCUGGUUGGCCGCUGUGAGACCGGGAUGCUGGACUAGGUGGGCCACUCGCCUGAUCCAGCAGGCUCUUCUCAUGUUCUUGUGUUCUUACAGGAUACCCUGGUUAAUAUUGCCGCGGCAUCACAGUCUUGCCUUUGCUCAGUCAGAUUGGGCUGGGAUGCUGCCUGCUGAGCAGCGAUAAUGCUUCUGGUGCCCCCCUUCCUCUCCAGACUUGUCAGCUGUAAUGCAGACUUUGCAGGGAAUCCCAGUUCAUUAUUAUUAUCUUCCUUGGGAAUGAUGUCACUGCCUAUAUAUGGGCAGAGAUGAGAAGCAAUGCUGGACGGGAGCAUGCGCUGCCUAAGGCAGGGGAACAGAAGCAGAGUGACAAAUUCAGAAGUGCAGGCUGCCUCCAUGCCCCUCACAGCCACCCCCCUUUCCACAUUCCCUCAUCUCCCUUGCCUUCGAGUCCACACUCCACUACAACAGAUGUCUCUAGGAGCCAAUCAGCAUGGAAGGGGAGGUUGUGUGUUAGCUACUGAGAAGAGUCUUCUCAGCAGCCGAGUCACCUCCUUUCACUCUGAUUGGCUUCAAUCAGCAUGAAGGGGCAAGGACUCUUCUCAGUGGCUAACUUGAUUGGCUCCUGCAUAGGGACCUGGCUGGGACUCUGCUUCCAAAAAAGUACAAUUCCCCCCAUGACCCCAGAUGACUACACUCCUGCAUGGGAGGGGGACCUCAGGCCUGGGGGCCAAAUGUGGCCCUCUGUGCCUUUCUGUCUGGCCUUUAGGACUCUCUCCAGGCCUCACCACUCCUUAGCUAUUCCCUCUCCAGGCAACAUUCAUCUCUGGCCUUGUUUCAUAUCAUCCUUGAGUGUUUUUGCCUGGCUAGAAGGUCCUUGAACUCUGAUAAUGACUCUUGGUCAUCUAGAUGGAGGAAGAGGCCACAUUUCUCCAUUCAUCUUCCAGGGGCUGCAUGCCAGCAUCUUGUGUUACAUUCCAGAGGCAACAGUGGGCAUAGCAACAAAUCAUCAUCAUCAUCAUCAUCAUCAUCACUGUUUAUUUGUAUGCCGCCUUUCCAUAACAAUUUAUGCACAAGGCGGCUCACAACAUGAACAGAAAAAAUUACACAAUUCACUGCAAGAAACAAAUUCAAAUGGUCAAUAAGUUAACAAAAACAUACAAUAAAUUGAUACAUCCUUAUAAUUCCUAAUAAAAUCCAACAGUAAAAUACAGAAGCAUAAUCCCAAUAACAGCAAAACAAAAAAACUGACCAGCAGAAUUAAUUUUUUACCCAAACAGAAGCCCCUAAACAACAACCCACAGUCAAGGUGGUCUCUGGCAUCUUCAGGUAGUUAUACCUUUUGUAGCUGCAGUCAGUCAAGGCCCCGCCCUUCCAGGCCAGGUGGGAAGAGGCCAGCAAGCAGGGAGAGGGUCUUACAGCCAAGAUGGUCUCAUGCAAAUUUUGCCUUUGUACAGUAGGCUAGUUUCUACACACCCCUCCCUAUCCUCUAUCCAAGGAAGCAAGAGGUGUUAUCAGAGCUGAAAGACACACUCCAGCCAGGCACAAUCACUCAAGGAGAGCGCAAAGCCCUGGAAGAGUCCCGAGGGCCAGAUAGCAAGGCUUGGAGAGCCAUAUCCAGCUCCUGGACUGGAAGUUCUCCAUCCUUGGUAUAUCAGCCUUGUUGGAUGUAUGGACCAGCAUUUUUUCAUCAGUGACUUGACCAGAGGUUUUGCACAUUUCUGAUCCUGCAAAUGAAGACCUGGAGGAUUGAAAACAAAACAAGUUGGUUGUUGAGGCUUCAAAGUAAUAAACAACAGAUAAGUUUACCUUCCAUUUGUCAAUACGGAUCUUGUGUCUAGGGCAGACUUCUGUAACAUGGUGCCCUCUGUGAUGUUCCUGCUUAUAGUGUAAAUAUGGUAAGUGCUGUUUAUAUAGAAGACAUAUGGUAAGUGGAGUGAAAGAGGAGGGGGGAGUACAUGAGCAGUAGAAUGCUGGAUGAUUGGCUGAGCGUUUGAAUGGCUGGGAGUAUAAAUGGAAGAAUGACAGUUGAAUCGGGGUGGAUGUUGGGAGUGUGGAGAAAGAGGUGUUUGAGGGUGGAGGUCAGGAGUGUGGAGAAAGAGGGAGUUGGAGUUCUGAUUAAUAAUAAGUCAAGUACAAAACAGGAAUAGAUGAAACCAUACGCUUGUGAAACAUUCUAAAACGAAUCUUGUUAUUUCUGAUAUUUAAUAAAUACUUAUUUGGUUUACCAAAGGCCUGAUCCUUGGCUGGGGGAUAUACAUACCAGAAGGGAGGGCAAGGUAAUUACCAAGGCUGAACAGAAACAGUAUCUAAUGGUGGCAGCGGUGAAGGGAGAAAUAAUAACAAUUCAAGUAUCCAGAGCAACCCAGAGUUGUAUGCGUUAUCUAUAAAGAUACAAGGGGGUUGGGAACAGCAUAAGCAUGCAGUCACAAAAGUAACCAGCUAGAGAGAGACUCAGGCAAAGUCUCUGGGAGUAUUGGUUAUAGGACGUGACUGGUGGUGCUGCCUAGCA